AUGGCGACAGACGACGCGUUCGCGCGCGAGCCCUCGUGUGGCGUGUGCACCAAGUCGUUCAACAUCUUGCGGCGGCGGCACCACUGCCGCUGCUGCCACAUUGCCGUGUGUAAAGAGUGUGGCUGCAAGGCCGUGGACCGUAAGAAGAAGGAGCGGGCGCGGCCGCAGUGGUACUGCCGAAGCUGUUUGGACACGGACGAGACGCUGCAGGUGACGGGGUCGAGGCAGAAACGCCGGAGCUUUUCGGCGGCGUCGUCGUCGUCGUCGAGAUCGGCGCUCGGCACGAGUUCGGAUUCGUCGCGGCAUGUGACAAAUCUAACGAGCACGGCCAAGUUUUGUAUUGAAUGUGGCAACGAGUUGCCGCUGCGAGUCAAGUUUUGCAUCGAGUGCGGCACUUCAGUGGCACAACACGCGAUGUCGCCAGUGAGUAAUGGGACGGACGACGGCGGGACUCAUGAGGACGAGGCUCGAGAUGAGGAUCAAGGAUCGAGAGAGUCGCUGGGAUCGAGUCUCUCGGUCAUUGAUGAAGACAGUGGGUCGCCUACGGAACCAACGGACGGAUCGGAGAAUGGCGCAGUUGCGGAAGAAGCGGAUGGCGAGACGGUGACGGACGUGGCAACGGCAGAGAAUGUGGAUGGGUACGCAUUUGAAGGUGGUGAAAAGGUAGCCGCAGAAAAGCGGGAGUUUGAAGCACUCGUGGGGCAAUUGCAGGCUGAGAAUGAGAAGCUGCGCAAUCGCGUGGAAAAAUUCAAGCGAAAGAUAUUGGAAUCUGAGCGUCGACAGCUGGAAAGAGAAAGGGAACACGCUCGCACAAUGUCAGAAGCCACCGCAGCUGCUGCAGCAGCCGCGAGAGCAUGCACAAGCGAUGGAAGUUUGCCGACAAUAGCACCUCAGGAUGCAUCUAAUAGUGUAGCAGAAGCAGCGCUAGUUAGAAAUGGAGUCGGAGUCUUUGCGAAAGACCACCCCGAUUAUGUGAAGUUUUUCAAGCUGCUCGCAAUGGGACUACCGGCAGAACAGGUGAAGAUAAAAAUGCUGGCGUCAGGCGCCGACCCGUCGGUUCUUGAUAAGCCGGAUGCUAUCAUCGGAGGUGCUGUUCAGGGCGCAAAAGACGCUCCUGCUGUGGCUGCAAGAUCUAGUGGGGACCUCGUCAAGGACGAUGAGCAGUACGCUAAGUUUUUUAAGCUCUUGAAGAUGGGGAUGCCUGCUGAGCAAGUCAAGCUGAAGAUGGUAUCAGGUGGUCUGUAUCCUGACCUUCUUGAUACGCCGGAUGCACCAAUGCAUGGGUCCGGUGGCACUACUACGCCAGCUGCAGCUUUUGACCAGACAAUGACUGUGAAGGAAGAUCCACUUUAUGAGAAGUAUUUCAAAUUGGUAACGAUGGGGAUGCCCGCUGAGCAAGUGAAAGUGAGGAUGAAGGCCGCGGGCGUGGACGCAGACUUGCUCGACACGCCUGAUGCACCAUCUCCUAGCCAGAAUAUGCCUAGGAGAAGUAGCGGCGGUGGCCUCCUUGCCGGUCUUCCUCCUCCAACGGAGGCUGUGAAAGUUGAUCCUUCGGCAUUGAAAAAGAGUUUGGCCUCCAAGUUGACUGCGAGUGAAAAAACUGAGGAGUCCAAGCUUCCAAAAAAAGAAACCGUGAAGCCGAACGUCGAGUUACGUCCACUGUUCUGGACCCGUGUGCCCAUCAAUGUUGUCAGUAGCACGGUGUGGAUGAAGCUAAACGAUUCGCAUGCCAAGCUGGAUGUGGACGAGAUGGAGUGGAUGUUUCGCAAGAACCCGGCCGAUGCAUCUAAAAAGCAGGAAGACAAGAAAAAGGAAAUCGAGAAAGCGCUAACCCAGCCAAAAGAAGUGCUUCUUUUUGACCCGAAAAGACAGCAAAACGUGUCGAUCGCAAUUGCUCGAUUCAAGCUCUCAUCUGAGGAUAUCAAACGCGCAAUCUACGCUUUGGAUGGCGAGAAGUUGGGGUCUGAAGUGCUGAAUGUCUUGAUAUCUAUCUCGCCCACUUUAGAAGAAAUUGACAUGCUUAAGAAUUACGACGGAGAUGCGACGCUUCUCGGAAAUGUGGAGAAUUUUUUCCUCGAUCUUUUGACCAUCCCCCGGUACACGCAACGUAUCAAGUGUUUCAGGUACAAGGUGCAGUUUGAAAGUCGCAUCUUGGAAACACAGGCGCAGUUGGACACACUGGUUGCCGCUACGGACCAAGUAGCCGAGAGCGACAAGUUCCGUCGUGUCCUGGAACACAUUUUAGCCAUCGGUAACUACUUGAAUGGUAGCACGCCUCGUGGUGGUGCUUACGGUUUCAAGCUAGACACUCUUACAAAACUGCACACGCUGAAGUCGGUCGAUCCUCGAAUAACUCUGAUGCACUUUUUGUUGCGUCAGCUAGAAGAGAAGGCUCCGGACAUCAUCACGUUUGCCGGAGAAGUUCCUCAUAUUGUAGAGGCCAAGAGACUAUCUUUGGAUCAACUGCGUGCCGAUUUGUCUUCUUACAACACCGAGCUAGCAAUGUUGAAGGGACAAGUGCGUGCUUCUAAGAAUGAUCACAUCGACGGCGACAAGUUUUUCGAGGUCAUGACUCCAUUUGCGAAGGACGCAGCCGAGGUGCUCGAGGAGCUGGGUCGUGAUUUCAAUGGUCUAGAGACUUCCUACCAAGAUCUUGUGAGCUCUUUCGGCGAAGAUCCACGGAAAGUUGGUCCAAUGGAAUUUUUUACUAUUUUGGACGAAUUCGUGAGCGAGUUUAAAAAGGCCUAUCGCCAGAACCAGACGAAGGAAUUCUUAGCUAUCUAUGAGGAGGCUGCUGCUGCGCGCGCUACCGCGGAGGCCGAAAAGAUUGAGCGACGACAACGGGAGGCUGAGGAAAGUCGUCGGCAAGAAGAGGAGCGACAAGAAAACUCGCUAGAGACUAAGGCGAUCUAUGCUGAUAUUGUGUCCAUCAUAAAUUCGUGGGCUGAAAAGCAUUCGUUUGGCAAUGGAGAUGCAGCGAUCGAGCAAUUCAAGAGCAUCUCGCGAAAGUUUGGUAUGGACGAAUUGUCCGCCGAUGAAUUCUGUGAUCAGGUGCGACAGUGUGUUGGAUUGAAAUGUGCGAGCAAAAUAAUUCCGAACAGCGCUAAGCUACUUUCUGACGAGGGGAAGCGCAAUGCGUUGUUGGAGGCGUUUGCACGCUUUAAACAGCAAGCAAAGAAAGAAAAAGAGUCGAAAAAGCAGAAACGUAGCUCUUUAGUGUCUCCACCAUCCGCAGGGCGCGAGAGAGCAGGUUCUUCUUCGGCAGGUCGCAGGCGCAGCAAGGUGGGCACUCUCCCGAUCAAGGAUGUUGAGCCUGUAGUGGGAGAGGAGGCACAAUUGUUGCACCGAUCGAUCUUAGAAGCCGUGCUAGCAGCGUUCGGUGGUGAUGCGAAGAAGAUGAAGACAUUCACGUCACAUACUCGGAAGUACGGUAACGAGCAGAUCACGGCCCACGAGUUUUACCAAUAUUUAAUGGAAUCUUUCGAACCUGACUUCGUCGGGCGUCUGGUGCCAGACCUCGCGCGUCUGCUGCAGGAUUCGGAGAAACGGCACGCACUGAUUCGCGCGCUUUGUGAGAGCGCACCGGGUUGGGCGAAGUUUGCAGGUUUGUAG